AUGUUCAUGACGGAUUCUGAUUCUAUUCCUUGCACUCCUUCUACUUCUAAUCCGACGUCUUCUGCAACAAUGCGAUUGUGUUAUAAUGGGGCGACGAGUCUAUUAGCGGCGACUGCUUGCCCGGCGGCUUUUGUCGACUUGGAUUCGAUUAGAGAGGAGCCGUCGACACCGUCGAGAUACUCUGUCGACGAGCGUGACUCGGAUUCUGUAUUCUUCCGAGAAUCGUGCUCCUCGUCGACUUUCGGGUCACCGGUGACAGAAGACGUGCCCACUUCCACUUCCUCACCAUUCAAAUUCAUGGAAAGUAUUCAACGGAAGCGGAAGAGUAUGUUUAGAAGGAAUCAGUCGAGCAGCAGUCUCCUAAGCAACGAGAAGCGUCGAACGUGUCGAAGGCCAUCGCUUCCAUCGAUACCGCCAACAAUCGAUGAGAUGAGUAGUAGCGUGGGACACGCGCGUAGCAGACGUCCGUCGCUUCAUAACGAUUGGACCAACGAGCCGCAUAAUGGACGCGGGAUGAUGGGAAUGAUGGAUGUGAGCUUUUUUUUGUGUGGAAAAAUUGAAAAAAAUUGGUCUUUAAGCAUUUGA